CCAUCCAUAUCAAUCCAUACAUGACUUCCGAAAGGAAAUACCACAUAUCAUAACUAGCAACGGCCAGAUUUCUGUGCCUUGCAUCAAGAGAUUCUCAACAACACAAAUACAACCAGCUUCUGGUAUUCAUUUCACUUCUUCUCCACUUAAAAGUUUACAAACUCACUCCGUCCCUUUCCUGUUUUCGAUGAUUUGCAAAACAGCAAGCACAACUGCUACUGCUGAUGAUGAUGGAGGAAGACCAGUAAGUUCACUUCGUCUUCCCUGCAUUUCACAAGUCGUAUUGUAAAGCCCCUGAGCCCAUAAGCGAUGGCUUCACGUGAUAGCAUGAAAUAAGAAUUCUUCUUAUUAUGUUCUGUUCUCACAGUAUUGUUACUGACUUUGAUACUGCAGAAGGAGAGAAGAAGAGCCCAAUACACCAGAAGGAAUGCAACUGGACCACGCUAGAACAUCAGAUCCAACACCAGACCUAGGAGUCCGGGAAGAUAAGGCUUCUAGGCAUGGCCAGGCAGUCGAAAGUAAUCCGGUCUGGGCCAUCACUUCUCCUCGCAGGUCGGAACGCAUGAAAGCAACUAACUCCGAAGUUUCAUACAAUGAUCAUGAUCAAGAGGACGAUGGGCCCAAGCAAGAGGAGCAAGUUUCUCAGCCUUCCAAGAAGUCAGAAAUACACGAGAAUUGGACCUGUAUUGGCAGUCAUAGUGAAUACAAUUCGCUAUUGCUGUAUGCUGGGCUUACUACAGAGAAAAAUAGACCCGGGCCAGUUCUACGUGUCAAAGCGUUUGUGGGAGAUUUUGAAACCGAUAUCGAUCGCGAAAUCAGAAAGAAGGUUAAACUGAAGUCUUGGGUGCCGAUGAGCAAAGUUGUGCUCAACAAAAGCCUCUUCAGUGACUAUGAAGGUUGGGGGAGGCGACUGACUCCACGAAGAGGGACCUUGUACGGGAAUACAUUAAGAAGCAGCAGCAGAGUCAAGCAGACUCUAGUGACGAAGAUAGAAUUGCUACUGCUUUUCUGGGUUCUACUGGUCUAGACGUCGGGCACCUUCUUGGUGAGCCAGGGAUGAAAGUGUGGAGCUCCCUAACGAAGCCAGAUGGUCAUGUGAACUUCUACACUCACUGGGCAUGAAUAGAUGCAGUGACAAUAAGAUGCGGACCCAGAGUUGACAUCAAGGACAUCGUUUUCA